AUGGCAGACACACAUUAUGGUAAUACAUACAUUGGAGCUAUGUAUAAGAUUUCGGGUGGGGUUGUGAAAACAACUAAUAAAUUUUAUAAUAAACUUAACAGUGAGAUAGAAAUAACUCUUGUGCCUAAAUCGAUAGUAACCCCCUGUGAAGAUGACCCUUCCAUUCCAAAAAACCAUUUCUCAUUCAUGCCUAUUAAUGAAAUACUUGAACAAAGUAAUAAUUCAAACAUCAAUGUUAUUGGUGUUGUUAUCUGUGUAGAACUAAGCUCUACAAUCAGAAGAAGAAAUGGAAUAGAGGUUAUAAGGCAUACCAUAAAGCUACUGGAUAUGUCUCGAACAACAAUAGAAGUUACAAUAUGGGGAGCACCAUCUAAGAAAGAAGGUGUCCAACUGCAACAAAAAUACUACCUUCAAGAGACAACAAUCCUAGCAAUCAAGAGUGGACGUGUUUGUGAAUAUAAUGGAAAAAUAAAUGGAAAAGAGUGCAAGAAACGAUUAAUUCGGAAUGGAGAGUUAGAUUGGUAUUGUUCUAAAUGUGAGAUGACACUCGCAAAAUGUGCUUACAGAUAUAUAGUUCAUAUACAAUUAGAAGACCAUACAGAUACAUUAUGGGCUAUAGCAUUUGAUGAAGGAGAAACACAACUACUGGGCAUGCUUGCUGAAACCUUGUAUAAGCUACAGUUCGACACAGAUAUAGAAAGCAAUACUGAUGAAGUAAUAAAGUCUAUGCUAAACAAACAAUACAUCUUCAGAUUGACGUACAAGAAGAAAAAAUAUAACGAAGAGGAACGACUGAAAAUAACAAUUACUAAGGUAGAACAAGUAGAUUUUGUUGCAAAAAGUAAUACCUUACUUGAACAGAUCAAAGCAAUGAAUGAUGAAAUGGGAGCUGAGGAAUAG